UGCAAAAGGGUGUAAGAUCAACCGGGUAAGUGCAAUAUGAACUACAUAUCCCAGAAUGCUUUGAGCGGGGUUAGAGGUUAUUAGGACCUGUGUGGUUCUUACCCCCUCAACCGCUUCCCUUCAUCCUCUGAAAAAUUGGACCCUUUGCUCUCAAAAUUGAGCAAUAUUCGUUAUCUUCCCACGCGCGCGCAUGAGGGCUGGUGGUCCACCGGCUUUCACUCGGCGUGUAUGAGCAGCGACGACACUUCCGCUGGGGACGAGCGCGCUGUGCCGUUGGACUGCUGCGGAGGACUCGACAACGUGGAUUAUUCAAAGAUGGAUUUGACGCUCAUGGAAGGGCUCCUAAAACACACCAAUUUUCACGACUCCAGCUUUUGUGUCGCCGUGGUCGCCAUCAUUUUCAACCCUUUCUUCUGGAAUGUGGUGGCGAGAUGGGAGCAUCGUACACGGACCCUCUCCAGGCUCUUCGGGAGCCCCCACCUGGCCUGCUACUGCCUGGGCUUCGUCAUCCUUCUGCUCAACGUGUACCGCAGUCACAGUAUGACGGUGGCGAUGAAGGCCCAGGCCAAGUGGGAGGUGAUGGACAGGACGGAUAUUUUCUACGUUGGCGUCGCCCUCAUGGUGCUGGGCACUGUGCUGGUGGUGGGCAGCUUCCUGGCUCUGGGAUUCACUGGAACCUUCCUUGGUGAUUACUUUGGUAUCCUGAUGGAUGAGAAGGUGACAGGGUUUCCCUUCAACCUCACAGAGAACCCGAUGUACUGGGGCAGCACUGCCAACUACCUCGGCCUGGCACUUAUUGGUGCCAGUGCCGUUGGUCUCUUCCUGACCGCCAUCGUAGCCGUGGUGUACAAGGUGGCGAUACGCUUUGAGGGACCGUUCACUGAACUGAUCUAUCAGGAGAGAAGUCAGCGCCGCAAGCAUGAAUAACCCCUUCCUGUUCCUGGUUUGCCCGAGGAUUCCCUUCCUGUCAGACGGACCAGAGGACCGGCGGACUUACCGACAGCGUGGAUCAUUAAUCCACCUCCAGUGUGGAUUCAAAAGGCUGCAAGUGUUCCAAUUUCUGAUUUGGUUGUAUGCUCUUCUAAUUAAUCUGGAUGCUGCAUUGAGCCAUAUUUUGUAAUGCCAUUUUGGAUCAAAUCGUUUGAUAUUCUGAGAAACAAUCUAAAAUGUGUAUGUGUUGUUCAAGAUUACAUGGGGAGAUUGAUACCACUUACGAGGUAUGUGCGGAGCUGGCCCUGUGGGGUUGAUUGGCACCCCAUGGAGAGCCACCAUGAAGUUGCCAGGCAACAGCAACAGAUUCUGCACAGAACUACCGGGCAGAAUGAUAGACGAGUCGUCCACUCUACCUCCUCCCCCGCUCGAGGGUCUUACUCGAGCCGGUGUGUUUUAAUCUUCUCAUCUGACUCUUUGCGAGAAAGCAAAUCAGGGUAUCAAACAAUCAAUCAAACUUUUAUUUCAGUAUGUCCAAAUAUGUCAAAUGAUUCCUUUUAAAGCUGGAUGUAGAGUAAAAAACACACCCAGCAGCACCAACAGCCUACACCACGAAGAAGAUCUGCAACAACACAUAGCAACUGGUCCACACUUCACACUUUUCCAAGUCAUGUCAUGUAUUGUCCCCGGACUGCAUGCACAGUACCGGCCCCCUGCACCCCACAUACCUGAAUGCAACGUUACACCUGUGUUCCACUGUCAAAAGCUCCUGCUACGUAUAUUAAUGCCCUCAGUGCUGUUAACAUUCCUUGUGUUUUGUUAUUAGCAAAUGCAUCAUUUACAUAUUUUUUCUUUUUUAAGCAGAACAACCAAAUCAAAGAGAGUUGACUUUGGCUCAGCGGUUGUGUUCAGAGAAACAUGAAUUUGUAUUUUACACACAAACCAACAUAAAUCUGAGACGGCCUUCGACACCGCCGUUGUUUCUGUAACUGUUGUACAAUGUGAUUAAUGCACCCUUUUAAAUGUCAGAGGAGCUCUACCAGCUUCAUACUGUACCUAUGCAAACCAUUCUAAAUUGAGCAACACACACACACACACACACACACACACACACUGCCUGGUGAUGUGCGAUAUUUGUGAUGCAAUAAACGAGUGAGGACUCUG